AUGGCUCUGAGCCUCCAGCCCUUACUGCUGCUGCUCUUGUCGCUGCCGCCACAGGAAGUGACUUUGGCCCAUGUUGGGCCUCAGUCUUUGGAUGCUGGUCUCUCCCUUCUGAAGUCAUUCAUCUCCACUCUGGACCACACUCCUCAGCGUUCCCUCAGCCAGUCACGGUUCUCUGCAUUCCUGGCCAACAUUUCUUCUUCCUUCGAGUUUGGGAGGAUGGGGGAGGGACCGGUGGGAGAGCCCCCACCUCUCCAGCCCCCUGCACUUCGGCUCCAUGAUUUCCUCGUGACAUUGAGAGGUAGCCCAGACUGGGAGCCAAUGCUAGGGCUUCUGGGAGAUGUGCUGGCACUCCUGGGACAGGAGCAGACUCCCCGGGACUUUUUGGUGCACCAGGCAGGCGUACUGGGUGGACUUGUAGAGGCGUUGUUGGGAGCUUUAGUUCCUGGAGGUCCCCCUGCCCCCACAAGACCCCCAUGUACCCGUGAUGGCCCUUCUGACUGUGUCCUGGCUGCUGAUUGGCUGCCUUCUCUGAUGUUGUUAUUAGAGGGUACACGCUGGCAGGCCCUGGUGCAGUUGCAGCCCAGUGUGGACCCAACCAAUGCUACAGAUCUUGAUGGGAGAGAGCCAGUGCCUCACUUUUUACAGGGUCUGCUGGGCCUGCUUACCCCAGCAGGAGAGUUGGGCUCUGAGGAGGCUCUUUGGGGUGGUCUGCUGCGCACAGUGGGGGCCCCCCUCUAUGCUGCCUUCCAGGAGGGGCUACUUCGAGUCACUCAUUCUCUGCAAGAUGAGGUCUUUUCUAUUAUGGGACAGCCAGAGCCUGAUGCCAGUGGACAGUGCCAGGGAGGCAACCUUCAACAACUGCUCUUAUGGGGCAUGCGGAACAACCUUUCUUGGGAUGCUCGAGCACUGGGUUUUCUAUCUGGAUCACCACCUCCACCCCCUGCUCUCCUGCACUGCCUGAGUAGAGGUGUGCCUCUGCCCAGGGCUUCCCAGGCUGCAGCUCACAUCAGCCCUCGGCAGCGGCGAGCCAUUUCUGUGGAGGCCCUCUGCGAAAACCACUCAGGCCCAGAACCACCUUACAGCAUUUCUAACUUCUCCAUCUACUUGCUUUGCCAGCACAUCAAGCCUGCCACUCCACGGCCCCCUCCUACCACCCUACCGCCCCCUCCAACCACCCCACAGCCCCCUCCAACCACCCCACAGCCCCCUCCUACCACCCCACAGCCACCUCCUACCACCCCACAGCCACCUCCUACCACCCCACAACCCCCUCCCAGCACCGCUGUCAUCUGCCAGACGGCUGUAUGGUACGCAGUCUCAUGGGCACCAGGUGCCCGAGGUUGGCUCCAAGCCUGCCAUGAUCAAUUCCCUGAUCAAUUUCUGGAUAUGAUCUGCGGCAACCUCUCAUUUUCAGCCCUGUCUGGCCCCAAUCGUCGCUUGGUAAAACAGCUCUGUGCUGGCCUGCUCCCACCCCCAACUAGCUGCCCACCAGGCCUAGUUCCUGUGCCCCUCACCCCAGAAAUAUUCUGGGGUUGCUUCCUGGAGAAUGAGACACUGUGGGCUGAACGGUUGUGUGUGGAGGAGAGUCUACAGGCUGUGCCCCCACGAAACCAGGCUUGGGUUCAGCAUGUGUGUCGGGGCCCCACCUUGGAUGCCACUGAUUUUCCACCCUGCCAUGUUGGACCCUGUGGGGAACGCUGCCCAGAUGGGGGCAGCUUCCUGCUCAUGGUCUGUGCCAAUGACACUCUGUAUGAGGCCUUGGUUCCCUUCUGGGCUUGGCUCGCAGGCCAAUGCAGAAUUAGUCGCGGAGGAAAUGAUACUUGCUUUCUAGAAGGCAUGCUGGGCCCCUUGUUGCCCUCUCUGCCACCUCUGGGACCAUCCCCACUCUGCCUGACUCCUGGUCCUUUUCUGCUUGGCAUGUUAUCCCAAUUGCCACGCUGUCAGUCCUCCGUGCCAGCCCUUGCCCACUCCACACGCCUGCAUUACCUGCUACGCCUACUGACUUUCCUUUUGGGUCCAGGGGCUGGGGGUGCUGAGACUCAGGGGAUGUUAGGUCGAGCUCUGCUGCUCUCUAGCCUCCCAGACAACUGUUCAUUCUGGGAUGCCUUCCGCCCAGAGGGCCGGAGAAGUGUACUGAGGACAGUAGGAGAGUACCUGCAGCGAGAAGAGCCAACCCCAUCGGGCUUAGAGUCCACCGACAGCCUCGGCUCUGGUCUGAGCAAGAUGGAGCUUCUAUCCUGCUUCAGUCCUGUGCUGUGGGACCUACUCCAGAGAGAGAAGAGUGUUUGGGCCCUGAGGAUCCUAGUGAAGGCCUACCUGCACAUGCCCCCAGACGCUCUUCAGCAGCUGGUGCUUACAGCAGAGACGGCGGCUGCACAGGGCUUCCUGACGCUCAUGCAUCGUUCCUGGGCUAAGCUGAGGGUUCAACCAUCCGAGGAGCAGGCCAUGGGCCGCCUGACAGCCUUGCUGCUCCAGCGGCACCCACACCUCACCUCCCAGCUCUUCAUCGACAUGUCACCGCUCAUCCCCUUCCUGGCUGUCCCUGACCUCAUGCGCUUCCCACCGUCCCUUUUGGCCAAUGACAGUGUCCUGGCUGCCAUCCGGGAUCACAGCUCAGGAAUGAAGCCUGAGCAGAAGGAGGCCCUGGCAAAGCGACUGCUGGCCCCUGAGCUGUUUGGAGAAGUGCCUGAUUGGCCCCAGGAGCUGCUGUGGGCGGCCCUGCCUCUGCUUCCCCAUCUCCCCCUGGAGAGCUUUCUCCAGCUCAGCCCUCACCAGAUCCAGGCCCUGGAGGAUAUCUGGCCAGUAGCAGGUCUUGGGCCGGGACACGCCCGGCACGUGCUUCGUAGCCUAGUGAACCAGAGCAUGGAGGAUGGUGAGGAGCAGGUGCGCAGGCUUGGGUCCCUCGCGUGCUUCCUGAGUCCUGAGGAGCUACAGAGUCUGGUGCCCUUGAGUGAUCCGAUGGGGCCUGUAGAACAGGGCCUGCUGGAAUGUGCGGCCAAUGGGACCCUCAGCCCAGAAGGACGGGUGGCAUAUGAACUUCUGGGGGUGUUGCGUUCAUCUGGAGGAACUGUCUUAAGCCCCCGAGAGCUGCGGGUCUGGGCGCCUCUCUUUCCCCAGCUGGGCCUCCGCUUCCUGCAGGAGCUUUCAGAGCCCCAGCUUAGAGCCAUGCUUCCUGCCCUACAGGGAGCCAGUGUCACACCUGCCCAGGCUGUUCUGUUGUUUGGAAGGCUCCUUCCUAGGCAUGAUCUGUCCCUGGAGGAACUCUGCUCCCUGCACCCUCUCCUGCCAGGUCUCAGUCCCCAGACACUCCAGGCCAUCCCUAAGCGAGUUCUGGUUGGUGCUUGUUCCUGCCUGGGCCCUGAACUGUCAAGGCUUUCAGCUUGCCAGAUCGCAGCUCUGCUUCAGACAUUUCGGGUAAAAGAUGGUGUUAAAAAUAUGGGUGCAGCAGGGGCCGGCACAACUGUGUGCAUUCCUGGUCAGCCCACCCCCACCACUUGGCCAGACUGCCUGCUUCCCCUGCUCCCAUUAAAGCUGCUACAACUGGACACAGCGGCUCUUCUGACAAACCGAAGACUCUAUCGGCAACUGCCUUGGUCUGAGCAGCAGGCACAGUUUCUCUGGAAGAAGAUGCAAGUGCCCACCAACCUGACCAUGAGGAGUCUGCAGGCUCUGGGCAACCUGGCAGGAGGCAUGUCCUGUGAGUUUCUGCAGCAGAUCAGCUCAAUGGUAGACUUCCUUGAUGUGGUACACAUGCUCUACCAACUGCCCAUUGGUGUUCGAGAGAGCCUGCGGGCCUGUAUCUGGGCAGAGCUACAGCGGAGGAUGGCAAUGCCAGAGCCAGAGCUGACCACCCUGGGGCCGGAACUGAGUGAGCUUGACCCUAAGCUACUCCUGGACUUGCCGAUCCAGUUGAUGGACAGAUUGUCCAAUGAUUCCAUUAUGUUGGUGGUGGAGUUGGUCCAAGGCGCUCCAGAGCAGCUGCUGGCACUGACCCCACUCCACCAGGCAGCCUUGGCAGAACGAGCACUUAAAGCCCUGGCUCCAAAGGAGACCCCAAUCUCCAAGGAAGUGCUGGAGACACUGGGCCCCUUGGUUGGAUUCCUGGGAAUAGAGAGCACACGACGGAUCCCUUUACCCAUUCUACUGUCUCAUCUCAGUCAGCUGCAGGGCUUCUGCCUAGGAGAGACAUUUGCCACAGAGCUGGGAUGGCUGCUGUUGCAGGAGCCUGUUCUUGGAAAACCAGAAUUGUGGAGCCAAGAUGAAAUAGAGCAAGCUGGACGCCUAGUAUUCACUCUGUCUGCUGAGGCCAUUUCCUUGAUCCCCAGGGAGGCUUUGGGUCCAGAGACCCUGGAGCGACUUCUGGGAAAGCAGCAGAGCUGGGAGCAGAGCAGAGUGGGACAUCUGUGUGGGGAGUCACAGCUUGCCCACAAGAAAACCGCUCUGGUAGCUGGGAUCGUUCAUCCGGCUGCUGAGGGUCUCCAAGACCCUGUACCAAAUUGUGCGGACAUACGGGGAACCUUCCCAGCGGCCUGGUCUGCGACACAGAUCGCAGAGAUGGAACUCUCAGACUUUGAAGACUGCCUGUCAUUAUUUGCUGGAGAUCCAGGACUUGGUCCUGAGGAACUACAGGCAGCCAUGGGCAAGGCCAAGCAGUUGUGGGGUCCCCCUCGAGGAUUCCGUCCUGAGCAGAUCUUGCAGCUGGGCCGUCUCCUGAUAGGUCUAGGAGAACGGGAACUGCAGGAGCUUACCCUGGUGGACUGGGGUGUGCUGAGCAGCCUGGGGCAAAUAGAUGGCUGGAGUUCUGUCCAGCUCCGAGCUGUGGUCUCCAGUUUCCUAAGGCAGAGUGGUCGACAUGUGAGCCAUCUAGACUUCAUCUAUCUGACAGCACUGGGUUACACACUCUGUGGAUUGCGGCCAGAGGAGUUACAGCAUAUCAGCAGUUGGGAGUUUAGCCAAGCAGCCCUCUUCCUGGGUAGCUUGCAUCUCCCAUGCUCUGAGGGACAGCUGGAAGCUCUGGCCUAUCUCCUUGUGUUGCCUGGUGGCUUUGGCCCAGUCAGUAACUGGGGGCCUGAGAUCUUCACUGAAAUUGGCACGAUAGCAGCUGGCAUCCCAGACCUGGCUCUUUCAGCAUUACUGCGGGGACAGAUCCAAGGCCUGACUCCUCUUGCCAUUUCUGUCAUCCCUGCCCCCAAGUUUGCAGUGGUCUUCAACCCCAUCCAGUUAUCCAGUCUCACCAGGGGUCAGGCUGCAGCUGUUACUCCUGAGCAAAUGGCCUACCUGAGUCCUGAGCAGCGACGAGCAGUUGCAUGGGCCCAGCAUGAAGGGAAGGAGAUCCCAGAACAGCGGGGUCGAAGCUCAGCCUGGGGUCUCUGCGACUGGUUCCACGCUUCCUGGGCUCUGACACUAACCAUCAGCUUUUUUGGCCACCUAUUAUAA